AUGGCCCUCACCUCGACUUUCGUGUUUCAGAAGAUAGGUGGCCGCUUCAAGCUCGAUGCAGAGGAAGACAUAAAAAGCUGCUAUGGAAUCGCAGCCGUGUCCGAUGCCCUCGAAGCAUUGAAGAGGCAGCGAGAGGUCAGACUUCGUCACUUGGAACGAUCGCAAUUGGCGGCUCAAAAGUCGGAGGUCAUGAACUUCUUAAAGAAGCACGGCUUCCGCAGCCGCCUGGAGACUGAGUGCUUAAACGCACCGAAAAGAACGGCCCUCGGCCUGCGACGUACCUACCCUUUGCACCAAGCAGCCAAAAUGAAGGACUGGCACAUGGUGAAGCUUCUGCUACAGUUUGGGGCUGAUGCGGCGUGCCGUGACAGCACAGGUCGAGAUCUGGAAAGCUAUCUGGCUGAGCUGCAGGCACCGGACAGCAUUCGAACACGCCUCUCUUCCUACCGCAUCAGGAAAGACUCGAAACCGCUUAAUUAA